AUUGGCCCUUCCCCCUGCUUCAACUUGAAUCUCUCCGUCACCUUUUUGAGUGUCAAACCAUCUCCUUUCCCCCCCUCCUCCCCUUCCCAUCAUCCUUUCUGGGCCUUACAACUCAUUCCGAAGUCCGCUGAAACCAUGUAUGUCAAUCUUAAUAAUAUCAGCUUCUACCGUCAACCCCCUCCUCCCAAACCCCCUCUGUCUAGUUUGCCCACUCCCCGUUGGAUGCCAUACCAAGCCCCUCCAGCAUCACAGUGCCUUUCACACCCUCUCCCGCCCAAACCACCUAUUCCUGCAGCGUCGACCGUCCCAACUCUGGCUAGUAGACAGAAUCUUGUCCAGCAACUUCAGACUUCUAUAAGAGAAGAUAUUGAAUCACAUAUAACAACAGUUCGCAAUGAAUUUGAUGUCGAACUAGAGAGGAUAUCUAUAGCGGGAAACACCAGAACAGUGCACGAAGCAGAUCUGGAGAGGUCUGGUGAUCAUGGGUUUCAUAAUGGAGGUGUUACAGACGUUCAUCCAAAGCCGAACACGUCAAGUAUUGGUAUGUGGGAUGCACAGUGGACAUGUUCCGUGCGCUUAGCUAAUAUGUCGCAUCAGGUUCAAUGAUCCCAAAGCUAGCACAACCACAGGCGAGUGCUAGUGGAAGCGGUGAAACAGCGUCUCAAUCUACCCCUGAACAGGAUAUCCUGCAGGAACAGCCAGACCGGGGGGUGUGUCGAUCGGUGGAGGCUGGCUGUUAUUCAGACCCAGCGUUCACAGGAGCAGAGCUAGAAUGUCCAGGCCCAUCUGUUGUCAUGGAGUUGCAUCGAGAUAGUAUCCUAUCAUCAAGGGCUUCCACCA